CCUUGGAAGCCGAACGGAAUCCAUUCCAGAAGUAUUUUGGACUUCCAAAAUGUUCGGAAACCAAAGUGCAGCUUCUGAUUGGCUGCAGAAAGCUCCUGUAGCCAAUCGGAAGCCGCGGAAGACCUGUCAGAUGUUUGACUUCCAAAAGUAGUUCGCAAACUGGAACACUCACUUCCAGGUUUGCAGUGUUCGGGUGCCAAAACGUUCGAGAACUAAGCUGUUUGAAAACCAAGGUACCACUGUACUUACCCAGGGUUUGGUUUCCUUGGGACAAAAAGGUCAGCAGAGACUGGGGUGUCCUUAGGCUAUAUGGUCUUAUUUACACAUAUAUACAACACACAGAAAACUAAAUAGGCCCAGGAAGCAGGAUUUCAAGACAACUCUUGUCAAAAGCAUGGCAGAUCUGUGACUUUAGUGUUGAUCAUCAGAUGAUGCUAAUAUUAGUGCAUUUACUUGGUUUUUUUAAGCCCAUAUGCAACUGCAUGCAUUCUGCGUGCCUGUUUUAUAGUUUUGUUUCUCAACUUUGAAUUUUUUUAAUCUGUUGUUAUAACUGUUCUCUCUGUUCUGGUAUACUUUAUAAAAUGAAACAAAUAUAUUUGCAAAAUAAUAAUAAUAACCCCCGUGUUUAGCAAAGCAAGCCUGCUAGCAUCCUCUGUGGUGCAGAGGUGAGUGUUUGGAGUCAUUAAGAAUCCGGACAGCAACGGUGGAUUCCAUCACCGGAUUUCCCCCCUCAGAACAGAACAUCAAAGAUCUUGAGAGCUCCACAAAGAACUGCUGGUGGAACUCCCCUGUUGCUAACAAUGUCUUGGAGAGUUCUAGAAGGGCUAUGUGGAGGUGGCAGUUGGAGGCCAUGUCCUCUGAGGGCAACAAGCCAGACUGAACCUCAAGAUGACGUACCCCAACCGAGGGCUGCUGAAGGCAGCUAUGGGACAUUACCUGACCGAGAGCGCCAGGACGGCGCUCGAAGCUAUGGAACCGGACGAAGACGUUGUAGACGUGGGGCCUGGGAAGCAGAUGCCAGCCGUGGGACCCAACCAGAUCCUGGACAUGCCACUCUUUACCAAAAUCCCUUUCCUGCCAGGCUCAAACACUAUGUUCUACAGGACCAAUUUGGGUGAAAAGCUUUACCAGCCAUCUGCCACUUUUGACCUGAACGACCCAUACUGCAAACUCAUGGCACCCAGCUAUAAGAGCCUCCACGACCCACACCUGCGUGCCUACUACAAGCGGAAAGACAACCUGCGGAGGCUCAAAAAGGCAGGCCACAUCACCGACAAGAACAAGGCAAGUUGAGCUGCUUCAGGCAUUGAUGCCCCUACAUCCCUGUGCUUUUCUAGCGAGACAAUCAGGACUGCAAAAUGACAGCCAUAAAAAAACAACACCAUGCCAGAAACAUUUUUUUUAGAAGGCUAUCAGCAAACAACACCAUUGAUGUCACCUCAAAACAGCCUAGAAGUCAUAUUAAAAAGCUUCAAAUCCUGUAGGAAAAAUAAACGUCUUAAAGGAGCAGGGCUGUAGCAUAUCCAGGUAGGGCUGUGAGAGACUCUCUGCUUGUAACCCCACAGAGCUGCUGCCAGCCACUGUGAGCUAGGUGGAUUGAUAGGCAGCUUCCUUUGGUUAUAUUUAUAUCUGUCUUCUCUCCAGAGCCAUGAAGACUAGAAUCUUAGGGGAAGAACUGUAGCUUCUGAGUAAACAGAUUUCAGACAGGGACUUAGGAUGUUGGCACUGUUGCGGGAGAGCAUGGAAAUGCACAGAAGGACUCUUGAACCUUUUCCCAUGGUGGCUCAGAGAUGGAAAGAAGAUAAAGUCCCCACCAGAGAAGAAUAGCAGAUUAAGUUGAUGGAUUAUGCAGAAACGGCUAAAACGACCAGAAGAGUCAGAAAUCAGGAAGACCAAAAUUUUAAUAAGGAAUAGGGGAAAUUUAUAAUUUAUCUUAAAAACCAUCUUAAACAGCUAACUUAGUAGGAUUGGAAUAACAUAGUUUAAUGGUGAAUUUUGGACAUAAUGGAGAUGUAAAAGAUCUGGAUUAUCAUAAAAGAUACAGGAGGAAAUAAUUAACAAAAGGACCCACAAAGGGGAGGAGGUCCAAGAGAUUCCUUGGAAUCUUGUUUUUAUGUUGUA